UGAUAGCGGGCAGUAACGAUCCGAUCGUCUGAAUGGACAGCCCUAAAUAAGUUUCACAAGACAAAACUGUUUGUAGUGAAGUGAAAUAUUAAAGUGCUAUGGCAGGGGUUGGCAGAGGCGGAGGACAAGGACCGGCGGUCGGGAAACUGGAGUCCCAGAUUUAUUGUAUCAAGUACACUUUGUUCUGCUUCAACGUUGUACUGUGGUUAUUUGGCGUUUCAAUAUUCGCACUAUGUCUCUGGAUAUGUCUCGAGCCAGGUUUCAACGAGUGGAUGAGGAUAUUGGAGCUGCAGAAGUACUUCAUCGGUAUCUACAUAAUUCUAAUCGGGUCGCUUGGCAUCAUGGUGGUAGCUUUCAUCGGAUGCGGUUCCGCGUUAAUGGAGAACGUGUUUCUGUUGCUAGUGUUUACAGCGACACAGUGCGCUUUAUUCGUGUUUGGACUAGUGGGCGCAUGUGUCGUAUUAGACUUCUCAACGUACGACUCCAGCAUUCAGCCUCUCAUCAGGAAUGUCAUCCUUAGACUUGUAAACAAUCCUCAACAUGAAGGUAGUCGGGAGAUACUUAGGAUGGUACAAGAAGGUAUCGGCUGUUGUGGAGCAGACGGUGCGAUGGAUUUCAUAAGCAUGAACAAGCCGUUACCAUCUGAGUGUCGUGAUUCAGUCACUGGCAACGCUUACUUCCACGGUUGCGUUGAUGAGCUGACGUGGUACUUAGAAGGAAAGACCGGCUGGCUGGCUGGCAUCGUUCUGGCGUCUUGCAUGAUAUGUGUCAUAAAUGCCGUCAUGUCACUAGUUUUAAUCCAAGCUGUCAAGAAAGAAGAAGAAGAAUCCGUCGUAUAUAAAAAUUAAUCAAUAAAUAUUAAUACUAUAUUAAAAAUAAUUAGGCUUAUAAUGUUAUAGAAAUUUAUUUCCACGGCGAAAUUUUUAUUUUUAAUAUUUUAAUUAAUUAUUUUUUUAAUAAUAAAAUAUUACAAGUUUUUAUCAACAUUACUUGUUGAGUUUCUGUUCCCAUCGUUUUAUACACUUAGUUAUAAUUAUAAUACAUUUAAUGAUAAU